CAGAAAUGGACUGAAACACGCCUGAGACCCUCUCACUGGAGAGCACCACAUGUUGGCUGCGUCAUCCGCCUGGGCUCCUUUUCGAUCGAUCCAGAUACGCCGGACUGCCACUAGAUGUUCUUCGUCCCUCUUAAGGCUGACUCUCUCCUUUCGGCCCCCCCCUGCCCCGCUGGCAUUUUCGACUCCCCUUCAUUAUCUCCCCCGUGGCCUCGAUGGGAAUGCCCGUCCUCUCCUCCUAGUUCAAUCUCCGCGCAUCCCUCCCAUUCCCCUCCACUGAGGGGCCUCCCGGCACACCAUGCAGAGCAUGCAGAGGCAGUUUGGCCGACUGAUGAAGAGGUCGGCCGACGAUAGCCAGGUGGCCAUUCUUUUGAAGGACUUCGAAGAAGCAGACAAAAUUCUGGGCAAGAUCGUCGAUUCCACCAGUGCCUGGCGCGACGCUUGGUCAUCCCUCUUGACGCACCAAAAUCGAAUGCUGGCCGAGUUCGAAGGCCUGUAUGCCCCCAUCCUCGGUUCCUCCGACUCUGCCUCACAGAACGGCAUCCCAACUCCGCAAGCGACCUUGGCUCGGACACACGAACUUCGGGAACAAUAUGAAGACCUACGAAAAGAGCUACUCGGGGAGAUCGCUGCGAUCGACGAACGGAUGAUCCGGCCAGCUUCGCAAGCUAGGGAAUAUCUAAGUCCAGUGAAGAAAACCAUCAAGAAGCGGGAUGAUCGAAAGUUGGAUUAUGAACGCUACCAAGGGCGCGUCGACAACUAUUCCAAAAAGACCAAGAGAUCGGAACGUGAUAACGCAGCCCUGGUUAAGGCCGAGAGUGACCUUGCCAAGGCGAUCGAGGACUACGAAGCAGCAGACGAGCACUUGCGACAAUGUCUCCCACCGUUGAUCGCCGCUGCAUUCUCCUUGCUCCCGCGACUCCUCGCUACGCAGAUUGAAAUCCAGAAUGCAAUGCUGGCGCACUACUAUACCGUGGUCCAUAACUAUUGCCAGGAGACACAAUUCCCCUCCCCUCCUCCCCCUAUGGAACAGGUCGUGCAGGAGUGGGAACGCCUCUGCCUCCCCAUCCAGCAAGAGGUAGAAACAUUCGGCUGCAUCGUCAACGGCAGAACCGUAAAACUAUCCCAAGCCCCCGAUGACCAACGCCACGGCCCUCGCAUCACCAGCCGUCCAGCAAACGGAACCUCCUAUCGUCGACCCUCCGGUGGCCACACCCCGCCAAUCCAACAACAGCGCCCGAUCUCUCCCAACCACAAGCUCCCUCCACCGAAGCCCGCCUACGACAGGAAGCCAUCACCAGUAUACGAGACGAAACCUCGGCUCACAGACAUGGCCCCUUCCCCCGCCUCAUCCAACCUCACCGUGCCCUCGAAUUACUUCUCGCCCCAGCCGUCUGCUUCCUCCCCAGGCGCCGAAUCAUACGUUUCCGCCAGCGAGAGCGCCCACCCGCCGUCCCCCGGCCUCUCCAGCGUUGCAGCGCGCACAGACUACUUCAGUCGGAACCAACACCCAUCCAGCGUCUCGAGAGCGACAUCUCCCGGCGUCAGUGCAUUAGUAGCCGGCAAAAGAAAGCCCCCGCCGCCUCCCCCGCCGCGGGCGAAUUCCAGUACUGCUCUGUACGUGACUGCCCUGUAUGACUUCGGGGGCCAAAGUCCCGGUGAUCUUGCUUUCCGAGAAGGAGACCGGAUCCGCGUUCUCAAGAAGACAGAUAGUACUGAUGACUGGUGGGAGGGCGAGCUUCGAGGGGUGAAGGGAAGCUUUCCGGCUAACUAUGUGGAGUAAUGAGUGGGUGCGGUUGCAUCUUGCAAAUUGGGAUUAUCAGUUAAAAGAAGUCAGGAGCCAGAUUUUAUACCUAGUAGUAGUAUUAAUGUAUUUUGCUCACUGAGUGUUCCUCGUUGUCGUGUAUUGGGCCCGCCGGGAGUUUGAUGCCUCAUCUACUGUACUUUACUUUGUUGCAAGCGAUGGCUGCUACAAGAACCGAUGUCAAUUUCACAAUGAUAUGGUAUGCUUAUUGCCACUGUCACUAUCACUAUCAGAACUUAACUUGAUAUGUGGUGCUAUCACCUGC